AUGUUUUCUCCGCACUGUAUGUUACGUGUGGUCAGUCUUCUCAUCUCGCCAGGGGCUAAAUUGAAAAUGGCUUCCCCAGAACCUAAGAGCCUGAUCCCUUUCACCAGAGAAUCUCUUGAAGUUAUGGAACAGCAUAGUACUAAAAAGCCAAGUGAGGAAGACAAAGAUUUAAAGCCGAACUGCGGCUUGGAAGUUGGAAAAGAGCUUCCAUUUGUUUAUGGAAAUCUUCCUCAAGCGAUGGUGUCAGAGCCAUUGGAAGAUGUGGACCCAUACUACACUAAUAAAAGGACUUUCAUAGUAUUAAAUAAAAAGAGAACAAUAUUCAGAUUCAAUGCUACCUGGUGUACAUUGUCUCCUUUCAAUUCAAUUAGAAGAGCAACCAUUAAGAUUUUGGUACAUCCAUAUCCUUUUCUGUUGGUUUUAAACUGCACUAACAUCAAAUGCAACUAUUCUAUUCAAAUAUUGCUGCACGUCCUGACUGACUGCAUAUUUAUGUCUAUGACUGAUUUGCCAAGAUGGGGGCCAGCAUUGCAGAAUACUUUGCUUGGAAUUUAUACAUUUGAAAUACUUGUAAAACUCAUUGCAAGAGGCAUCUGGGCAGGACCUUUUUAUUUCUUUGGUGAUUCAUGGAAUUGUCUUGAUUUCGGUGUAACUUUAUUUGAGCAUAUUUCAAGAUAUUCACCUCUGAAUUUCACUUCAUUAUUUAGAAUUAUGAGAAAUUUGAGAAUUUUGAAAAUUAUUCCUUUAAACCAAGGAAUGAAGUCUUUUGUAGGGAUACUCAUCCAUUGUUUGAAGAAACUCGCUGUGGUCAUUAUCCUAACUCUCUUUUUUCUGAGUGUAUUUUCUCUAAUUGGGAUGGGGCUCUUCAUGGGCAAUCUGAAACAUAAAUGCUUGCGAUGGCCCCAAGAAAAUGAAACUGACAUGCUGAGUAACAGAACUGGAAACCCAUAUUAUAUUCGAGAAACAGAAAACUUUUAUUAUUUGGAAGGAGAAAGAUAUGCUCUUCUUUGUGGCAACAGAUCAGAUGCUAGUCAGUGUCCUGAAGGAUAUGUGUGUGUAAAAGCUGGUGUAAAUCCUGAUGAUGGCUACACAAAUUUUGACAGCUUUGGCUGGGCCUUAUUAGCUUUAUUUCGGUUAAUGAUGCAGGAUUACCCUGAAGCACUUUAUCACCAGAUCCUUUAUGCUUCUGGGAAGGUCUACAUGAUAUUUUUUGUUGUGAUAAGUUUUUGGUUUGCCUUUUAUAUGGCAAGUUUGUUCUUAGGCUUACUUGCUAUAUCCUAUGAAGAAGAAAAGCAGACAGCUACUGAGAAAUCUAAGAUUGAUCAGGAAUUUCAGAAGUCUUUACCAGAACUUCAAGAAGAAAAAAUAACAGCAGAGACCAAGACCAUACAGAUAGAAAUGAAGAAAAGAUCAUCAACUUCUGUGAUUACUUCUUUGGAUGCAUCGGAUGAUGCUACUAUCAACCAUAAAGAAGUUUCAGAGCUUGAAAAAUCCAGGCAGAGAUGCCCAUUUUGUUGGUAUAGACGUGCUAAAACUUUAUUGAUCUGGGAUUGUUCUCCCUGUUGGUUAAAAUUGAAAGAGUUUGUCCGUAGGAUUAUAAUGGACCCAUUUACUGAUCUUUUCCUUAUUAUAUGCAUAAUUCUAAACAUAAACUUUUUGGCCUUGGAACACUAUCCAGUGAGUCUGGAAAGCAGCAAUAUUCUCAGCAUUGGAAACGUGGUGUUUACUGGAAUUUUCACAACAGAAAUGAUGUUUAAAAUAAUUGCCUUGCAUCCAUAUGGAUAUUUCCAAGUAGGCUGGAACAUAUAUGAUAGCCUAAUUGUGUUCCAUGGUUUAGCAGAACUUUAUCUAACAAAUUUUCAUGAACUGGCUAUUUUACGAUCAUUCAGGGUGUUACGAAUUUUUAGAUUGGGAAGAUACUGGCCAACAUUUAAGAUUCUGAUGCUGACUCUUUGUAACUCAAUUGUUGCCCUGAAAGACUUGGUCCUGCUGUUGUUCACGUUUAUAUUCUUUUCUGCUGUGGUUGGCCUAAACCUGUAUGGUUCAAAUUACAAAAAAUAUGUCUGCAACAUAAAUGAAGACUGUCAGCUUCCACACUGGCACAUGCAUGAUUUCUUCCAUUCUUUCCUGAAUGUAUUCCGGAUUCUCUGUGGAGAGUGGAUAGAGACUUUAUGGGAUUGCUUUAAGGUAGCAGGUCAAUUGAGUUGUAUUCCUUUUUACAUGAUGGUGAUUUUAAUUGGAAAAUUAUUGAUACUUUACCUGUUUCUGGCGUUGAUCAUCUCAUUUGGUUCAUACAAGCCUGCAACAACUGAAGAAAAUGAUGAAGCAAAAAAUCUCCAGCGUGCAAUGGCAAGAAUUAAAAAAGGAAUAAAUUAUGUGCUUUCUAAAAUACUAUGCAAAAAACAAAAUGUUCUAGAGGAAACAAUGGACAAUGUAAGUGAUGUAUAUGUUAAAGAGAAUAUUUCUGACCAUACGCUCUCUGAAUUGAGCAACACCCAAGAUUUCCUCAAGGAUAAGGAAAAAAGCAGCGGCACAGAGAAAAACACAAUGACCGAGAAUGAGAGUCAGUCGCUAAUCCCCAGUCCCAGUGUCUCAGAAACUGUACCGAUUGCUUCAGAAGAAUCUGAUAUAGAAAAUCCGGACAAUAAGGAGAUUCAGAGCAAGUCAGGUGAUGGAAGCAGCAAAGAGAAAGUAAAGCAGUCGAGCUCAUCUGAAUGUAGUACAGUUGAUAUUGUUCUCUCUGAAGAAGAAGAAAUGGUCUAUGAACAUGAAAAGCCAAAGCAUCUUAGAAAUGUUUAUGAACGAAGAUCUUCAUCUGCUCAAAUCAGUAGAGGCCCCAAGGAAGGAAAAAUCUGGCAGAACAUAAGGAAAACUUGCUGCAAAAUAGUAGAAAACAGUUGCUUUAGGUGUUUUAUUGGCCUUGUCACUCUGCUCAGCACAGGUGCUCUGGCUUUUGAAGAUAUAUAUAUUGAUCAGAGAAAGACUAUUAAGAUCUUAUUAGAAUAUGCUGACAUGAUCUUCACUUAUAUCUUUAUUCUGGAAAUGCUUCUAAAGUGGAUUGCAUAUGGUUUUAAAGCCUAUUUCACUAAUGGCUGGUACAAAAUAGACUUCAUGGUUGUUAUCGUGUUCUGUCUUAGUUUAAUAGGCAAAUCUCAGGAAGAACUAAAACCACUUGUUUCCAUUAAAUUCCUUCGGGCACUCAGAGUUCUAUCUCAAUUUGAAAAAAUGAAGGUGGUAGUGAGAGCUUUGAUUAAAACAACUUUACCCACAUUGAAUGUGUUUCUGGUGUGCCUUAUGAUCUGGCUGGCUUUUGGCAUCAUAGGAGUACACUUAUUUGCUGGCAAAUUCUAUGAGUGCAUUGACCCAACAAGUGGAGAAAGGUUUCCUCUAUCUGAAGUCAUGAACAGAAGUCAAUGUGAAAGCCUUGUAUUUAAUGAAUCCAUGCCAUGGGAGAAUGCAAAACUAAAUUUUGAUAAUGUUGGAAUCAGUUUUCUUUCACUGCUUCAAGUAGCAACAUUUAAUGGAUGGAUCACUAUUAUGAAUUCAGCAGUUGAUUCUACUGAUGGAGGCUCAAAUAUCUUUAUAACAGUCAAACAGAAGAAGCAGUACCGUGCCCUGAAGAAGCUGAUAUAUAAAGACUCUCAGAAACAAGUACUUCACCCAGAAAACAAGUUCCAACGAUUUAUCUUUGACUUGGUAACAAGUCGAGUUUUUAAUAUCAUCAUUAUGACUCUUAUAUGUUUCCAAGCAAUAACCGUUAUGAUACAAAGUGAUGAACAGAGCCCCCAAAUCGACACUGCUCUGUUUUGGAUUAACUCAGUUUAUGUUAUGCUAUAUAUUGGAGAAUGUAUACUAAAGCUCAUCGUUUUCCAUUGUAACUAUUUCACCAGUGGAUGGAACAUUUUUGACUUCAUGGUGGUUGUUUUCUCUAUUACAGGACUAUUUCUGCCUCUGAUGGUAGGAUAUUACCUUGUAUCUCCUUCCCUUGUGCAACUGAUACUUCUCUCGCGGAUCAUCUACAUUCUGCAUCCUGAGAAAGGACUAAAGCUGUUCCAUAAUCUGCUGCUUCCUUUGAUGCUGUCCCUCCCUGCCUUGUUGAACAUCAGUCUUCUCAUCUUCCUGAUCAUGUUUAUCUAUGCCAUCUUCGGAAUGUAUAAUUUUGCCUAUGUUAAAAAGGAAGCUGGAAUUGAUGACAUGUCCAACUUUGAAACCUUUGGCAGCAGUAUGCUCUGUCUUUUCCAAGUUACAAUAUUUGCUGGUUGGGAUGGGAUGCUCAACGCAAUUUUCAGUAGUAAAUGGUCUGACUGUGAUCCUGAUAAAAUUAACCCUGGGACUCAGGUUAGAGGAGACUGUGGCAAUCCCUUUCUUGGGAUUAUUUAUUUUGUCAGUUACAUCAUCUUAUCUAGGCUGAUCAUUGUAAACAUGUACAUUGUUGUUGUCAUGGAGUUUUUAAAUAUUGCUUCUAAAAAACAAGCCAAGACAUUGAGUGAGGAAGAUUUUAGGAAAUUCUUUCAGGUAUGGAAGAGGUUCGAUCCUGAUAGAACCCAGUACAUAGACUCUAGCAAGCUUUCAGACUUUGCAGCUGCUCUUGAUCCUCCUCUUUUCAUGGCAAAACCAAACAAGGGCCAGCUUGUUGCCAUGGAUCUUCCCAUGGCUGUUGGAGACAGAAUUCAUUGCCUUGACGUCUUACUUGCUUUAACAAAGAGAGUUAUGGGUAAAGAUCUGAGCAUGGAGAAAGUUCUUUCAGAGAUGGAAUCAGGAUUUACAUUAACCAACACUUUUAAGAUCACAUAUGAGCCAAUUACAACUACUCUGAAACGAAAACAAGAGGUAGUCUCAGCAACCAUCAUUCAGCGUGCUUAUAAAAGUUACCGUUUGAGGCAAAGUGACAAAAAUACUUCAGAUACUCAUAUGAUAGGUGGUGACAGGGAAGUUCAAGCUAUCAAAGAAGAUUCCUAUAUUGAUAAAGCUGAGGGAGUGUCAAUAAUUCAAAGCCAGGUAUAA